AUGAGCGGCGAUCCUCGCCGCUAUGUGAGCGCGCUCGUCGAGGGCGAGUGCCCGCCGCUCGAACCGCUCGAUGCAUCGUUAGCUUCGCUUGCUGCCGCUGCGCCGCCGCCAUCCGCGGCGCCACAGCGCGUCCCCUCACAUAUCUGGGCGCAGCUCGCGCGCCUUGCCACACCUGCUGAGCCACAGGCGGCUGACUCGGGCGCUGCCGCUGUGCUACUGCGUCACCUCGACGCAGGGACUUUGGAUGCGGGUGAGAAGGAUCGCAUCGUGCACGCCGUCGUCGAUGUGCUGCAGCCCUCUGGGCCAUUCGACGCAGACACAGCCGCCUCGGCGCUGGCGGAGCUGCUCGGCUUCGAGCACCUCGAGCUUGCCAUGGCACUUCUAGCGAAGCCGUCCGGUACUGCCGCGAAACUACGUCGCCACCUCGCACAGCGUGCGCAGGGCGUCGGCAGCGCAAAGGAGCCACUGGCGCUCCUCCCAUCCUCGGACGAGGCUGAGAUGUACCCCAACGUGUACAGUAGUGGCGAGCACGGCAGUAUUCUCACCGCUUUUGGCACGCGGUACGCUCUACCUGUCGGAACGACGCGUGUACAUGAAUCGUACUACGAAGAGGUCACAAUUCCUCGCAGCCAGCCCCUGCCGUUCCGCACCAACGAGCGGCUGAUCACUCUGGACGAGAUGGACGUGCUUUGCCGCGGUGCGUUCCACCAGUACCAAACUCUCAACCGCCUGCAGAGUGCUGUGUAUCCUAUGGCGUACAAGACCAAUGAAAAUCUACUAGUGUGUGCGCCCACAGGUAAGACGGACGUUGCAAUGCUGUCGAUCCUGCAGUGUGUGCGGCGGCAUGCGCGCAUCGAUGGAGAACGUAUCCACGUGGACCGCAAUGCCUUCAAGAUGGUGUAUGUGGCGCCCAUGAAGGCGCUCGUAGCGGAAGUCGUGGCUAAGUUUUCCAAGCGCCUGCGUUUCUUGGGUCUGCAGGUGCGCGAGCUGACUGGUGAUAUGCAGCUCACUCGGAAGGAGAUGGCUGAGACACAGAUGAUCGUUACGACGCCUGAGAAGUGGGACGUCGUGACGCGGAAGCCAACGGGCGAUGGCGAACUAGCUCUCUCUGUGCGCCUGCUGAUCAUGGACGAAGUGCAUCUCCUGCAUGAAGAGCGCGGCGCUGUGAUUGAGACGAUCGUUGCGCGCACGCAGCGUCUCGUGGAAUCGACGCAAUCGAUGAUCCGCAUCGUCGGUCUGUCGGCGACGCUACCGAACUAUGUGGAUGUGGCCGACUUUCUGGGCGUCAAUCGCUACCGCGGCAUGUUUUACUUUGGCCCAUCGUUCCGUCCCGUGCCACUCGAGCAGCACUUUAUUGGUGUGCGCGGCAAGCACGGCUCGUCCCUCGCGCGCACGCACCUCGAUCGUAUUGCCUACGAAAAGGUGUGGGAGUUAGUACGCGAUGGUCACCCUGUCAUGGUGUUUGUCCACACACGUAAAGAUACUGUCAAGACAGCGCAGGCACUGCUCGAGCUGGGGCGCGACGACGAUAUCUCGAGCUUGCUGACUGACGGGCGCGAUCCGACUCGCUUCGAAAAGCAGGUCGGGCAAUCGCGCAACAAGGAGCUGCGUGAGCUGUACCAGCACGGUAUUGGCAUCCACCAUGCAGGCAUGCUCCGCAGUGACCGCGACCUGAGUGAGCAGUUGUUCGCCGCAGGCGCCACGCGUGUACUGUGUUGUACGGCGACGCUAGCAUGGGGUGUUAACCUGCCCGCCUAUGCCGUGCUGAUCAAGGGCACGGAUGUAUACGACGCGGAGCAGGGCAAGAUGGUUGACCUCGGCAUCCUCGAUGUUCUGCAGAUCUUUGGUCGUGCGGGUCGUCCACAGUUUGAGGAUGUGGGCGUGAGUUUCAUCUGCACGAGCAGCGAGAAGCUCUCCCACUAUAUCGACCUGAUCACGUCGUCGCAUCCAAUCGAGUCGACGUUCCUCCGCGGCAUCGUCGAUGCGCUCAACGCCGAGGUUGCGCUCGGUUCGGUGUCGAGUGUGGACGACGGUGUCUCGUGGCUUGGCUUUACCUAUCUCUUCACGCGCCUGAAGAAAGCGCCGCUCAUCUACGGGCUCGAUGCUCACGAUCUGCUGAGUGAUCCAGCCCUCCUCCAGCGGCGCAAACAUUGGAUUAUGCAUGCGGCGAAUAUACUCGUUCAACAUGGCAUGGCCACGAUGGACGCCCAAACAGGUGCAUUGCACCCGACGAAUGUGGGUCGCAUUGCCUCGCGCUACUAUUUGAGCUACAAGACCAUUGAGAUCUUCCAUGAGCGGCUUCGUAAUGGCCUGCGUGAAGCGGACGCACUCGAUCUCAUGUCGCGUGCAUCAGACUUUGCGCAGGUCGCGCUCCGCGAGAGUGAAGAGGCUGAGCUUACGCGCCUGCUGGAGCAGGUGCCUUGCGAGGUCGGCGGCGGCGUCGCAACGGCCCCCGGCAAGGUCAACAUCCUUCUGCAGGCGCACGUCUCGUACUUGCCCAUGGAUGACUUUGCUCUUAUUAGCGAUGCUCGCUAUGUGGCGCAAAACGCGGGGCGCAUUCUUCUGGCACUCUUUGACUUGUCCCUCGACCGGGGCUACGGCGUAUCGGCGGCCUCGUUCCUGCAGCUCGCCAAGGCUGUGGAUCGCCGCGUCUGGCCGUUCGAACAUCCGAUGAAGCAGUGCACGCACCUGUCUCCUGAUAUCCUGCACAAAAUUGCUACUUAUGCCGACGAACUUGAGGUCAGUCAGAUCCGCGCGCUGCCGCUCGGCCCGCUCGCCGAUUUGCUGCGUGCGAAUGAACGCAUUGCGAAAUUGGUGCACGAAGCUGCCGAACGCUUUCCUGCCAUGGGUCUACGCGUCGCUGUGCGCCCUAUGCCGGGGUCGUUUGUCUGCUUACAGGUGCGCCUUCAGCCCGCAUUUAUAUGGGACGAUCGUUUGCAUGGCACCUCGCUUCCCCUGAUCGUCUGGAUUGAAGAUGCAGCACAACGCGUGGUGUUCUCAGAUCGCAUUAUGAUCCGCCCGCCCUCGGCGCGUAGCGAGUCGUACGAAUGGGAGGUACAGGUGCCGCUCUCGUCCCCCGUGACACGCCCUGCCGCGGAGGAGGCAUACAGUGUCGUUUGGUCCUCGUUGCACUGGCUCGCUGCGGAAGGACGCGUAGACGUAACACUCGAUACCGUCGCAUGUCCGCCGCCUACGCCACUCACACCGCUGUUCGACGUGCCACUGCUCCAAUUGCAGACGCUCUCGGAGAGCGCCAUGACGACAGCGCUGCGGGAAGCACGUGGCCUAUCGACGCUGAAUGCAAUGCAGACGCAGGUCCUACAUACACUUGCGCAUACACGCUCAUCUGUGCUGCUGUGUGCGCCGCACGGCACGGGCAAGACGACCGUCGCGCUGUUCGCUGUGGGUCGUGCCCUCGCGCAAGGCGCCGUUGUGUGGGUGGCGCCGGAUGACGCACGCGCCACGUUAGCCGUGCGCCUAGGCCGCGAGCUGGCCCCGUGGCUGGGCAUUGAAGUGCGUACCCAAAUCACGCGCAGCGCAGAGCCGGCGUGGUACGUGGUCACCGCUCGCGAUGCACUGGCAUUCGGUGCGCAGCAUGGAUGGGCGUCGGUCGCUCCGUCGCUUGUCGUGUUGUCGCACCUGCAUCAGCUUGAUACAACGUACGAGCUGGCUGUGAUGCAUCUCCGUCGAACUGCGCCCAUGGCGCGCGUGGUCGCUACAGCGCUGAGUCUGUCCACGGCGCAUUCGCUGGCUCAGUGGCUGCAGGUACCGCUGCACACCACGUUUGUGUGGGAUCCGCGCGACUCACCGUAUCCUGUGGCCACUUCAUUUGCAACCGUGGAUGUGCCGUACUCUGACACGCUCGUCAAGGCGUACGCAAAACCUGCGCUCGACAAGAUGCUUGCCCAUGGUGGCCCAGCGCUGCUGUUUGCACCGACGCGGGCGCAGUGCUUCACGGCGGCGCAGGAGUUGGUGGCGCGUAUGGCCACGGCAGGUAUCGCCAUGCCUGUGGACACGGAAAACACCGCACAUCGCUGGAAGAACGCCGAACUGGCGAACUUAGUCCGCCAGGGCAUCGCCGUUUGGCACCCUGGCCUUGCGCCAGGUGACCGUGCGGCACUGGAGCAGAUGAUGGAGGCGGGUCUACUCCGUGCUAUACUUUGUCCCCAUGAUGCAGACGUGCCAUUCCGCGUGCCCUUGGUCAUUGUCCUGGGUACGCAGUAUACCGAGCACGGCUCGCGAUCCGUGAAGCAGAUGACGACAGAGCACCUGCUCUCUCUGCAACGCUGCGCGGUGCGUCCCAACGAUACCAAUGGAGACAUGCUGAUUCUCUGUCAGCAAGUACACGCGCCGACACUAGAGCGCCUUUUGUGGACGCCCCUUGCUGUGGAAUCCCCACUGCACGACUCGCCCGACUUGGCCGAAAGUCUGCUUGUGGAGCUGCAGGCCCAUCGCGUUGCCUCCGUGAGCGAUAUUGUGACCUGGCUGCGCGCAUCGUAUCUUGCUGUGCGAAUGCGUGCGAAUCCCGUGUACUAUGAUAUCGACGGCGAAAAUGACCGCACAGACCCCAGCUCCGCGCUGUCGCAUCUGGCCGACGCCCUCGUACGGCGCGCUGUCCACCUCGGCGUUCUCCGACACGACGAGUACGGGCUGCGCGUGUCGAGCCUGGGCCACUCGCUCGCUCCUGGGAGUCUCGUGCGCUUACAAGCUAUAUCCGACAUGGCACAUCAUUCGCGUGCCCUACCGGACGCUACGAAGCGGGUGCUAGAUGCGUGGACCGCUACGGGCGAAGCACAGUGUCUCGAGGCAUGCUGUGCCAAAACCAUGCUUGAGGUCGUGGAAUUCCCGCGCGCAGAAAGCCAUGCCGAGACACCGCUUAAGCCGCGCCUAUGGGCGCGACUGCUUCUUGCGCAGUGGCUCACUUCACAGCUGGGGGGGCGCUCUCUAGCCGACUUGGAUGCCGUCGUUCGACAGGAAGCGGGCUCGGAGGCCAGUGCAUUUAUCUCCCUGCAGCGCGAAGCGCUCCUGCGGGAGCUCAUGUCAGGCCCAGGUACUCUGCCGUGA